GAGAGCUGGCUGGUGAAACUGUCUGACUUUCCCCCCCACCGGGGAAGUGGCUUCAAUGGCUCCAUCUCCCAGGAGAAGCAGUAGGAAAGAUGCCAAUGCCUUGCCAAGCAUGUCCUCAACUUUCUGGGCUAUCAUGAUCCUGGCUAGUCUCCUAAUCGCUUACUGCAGUCAACUGGCUGCAGGUACAUGUGAGAUUGUUACUUUGGACAGAGAUAGCAGUCAGCCCCGAAGGACUAUAGCCCGACAAACAGCUCGCUGUGCAUGUAAAAAAGGACAGAUUGCCGGUACAACAAGAGCAAGGCCAGCCUGUGUUGAUGCACGAAUUAUCAAAACAAAACAGUGGUGUGAAAUGCUUCCAUGUUUAGAAGGAGAAGGCUGUGAUUUGCUAAUCAAUAAAUCAGGCUGGACCUGUACACAACCAGGAGGACGGAUAAAGACAACCACGGUCUCCUGACAAAUGCAGCAACACAGAAUCCUCGUAGGAGUGGUUUAGGCUCUGUGUGAGCUACUUAACUUAGUCAAGUUUCACUGCUGUUGAUCAUCAUCCGUUAUAUGUCAUCAACUCAACUGUCUGUUUCUCUGUAUCUCAUGAAUGACAGCAUAAUUCCUCUACAUUAUGAGCUAAAGUUUGUUCUACCAUACUAAGGAUCACUGGACUGAGGAAUAUAGCAAAAG